UCGGUUAACAUGUCGAAUUUCAAUCGCAUCUUGAGCGGCAGCAUUCUGAUCUGCCUGGCACUUGUCAAGUUUAGUGCGGUGAACGCCCAGUCCGGAACGGUACAUUGGAACAAUGGCAAUGCGGCUGGCGUGGGCGUCUAUUCGAAUGCCCAGUCCAGUGGCAUGCAUCCGCCAGGCAGUCUGAGUGGUCAGGAUCCACAAUAUAGUUAUGGUUAUGCCGGAAUCGAUUCACGUGGUCCCUACGGCGGAGCCGGUGGUAAUGGAGGGUACUAUGUAAGCGGUACGGAUGAGCAUGGACGCCCCUUCUCCUAUGGCAAUCAGGUGGGACAGGCUGGACAACCUGGCUAUAUGGGCGUAAGGCCAGAUCCCAAUUUUCCAGGGCAAUAUCAGGGCUAUCAUAAUGCAGCACCAGCGAUCAUUGGCAGCUCAGUGGGUGCCACCUUCACCUUAAUACUGGGAAUCACUUUGGUCACGAUGAGACUAUAAUGCGGUGGCAGCGCGGGAACUAUUUGUUGAGUGUGCAGCCUUUUUUUUUUUUUACUUAGUUUUUAAGAUUAAUUUAUGUAAAGUUUUGAAAUUCAAGUUUUCAUUAAAUUCAAAAAUUGAUGAUUAAAAGAAAUUGGUUU